AUGGCUGCUGGCGAUCUAAUUGAUUUCGACAUUAUCGAAGGCCAGAAGGAAAAUAUUCAAUCCUUACCUGGUGGGCGAUCAGCAAAGAAACUCGCUGAGGUCUUCUCACCGUCUCCUCUACACAAACUCAACACACCUACACCUACCGACACCAAAAACAUCAACGAUUGUAUUCGAGCCGAGUACGAGGAAGAGCUAGCAAACAUCUCCGAGUCGGAUGAUCCUCUCGACGUCUUCGACAGAUACGUAAGGUGGACUUUUGACGCAUAUCCAUCCGCACAAGCUACUCCUCAAUCGCAACUACACACUCUACUUGAGCGCGCCACCAAAGCUUUCAUCGGAUCGGCGCAAUACAAGAACGACCCCCGAUACCUAAAGCUGUGGUUACAUUACAUCCGAUUCUUUUCCGAUUCACCUCGUGAGACUUACGUUUUCCUUUCACGUCACAAUAUCGGUGAGGGGCUAGCUCUAUUCUACGAAGAAUACGCCGCUUGGCUGGAAAGUGCGGGCCGCUGGGCACAAGCCGAAGAAGUAUAUAAACUAGGCAUCGAGCGUGAAGCGCGACCGGUGCAGAGAUUAGUUCGCAAGUUCGGCGAAUUCGAACAGAGGCGCGCGCAACAACCCGACGGAGCGAACGCACCAUCAUCGCCGGCACUUCCUACAGUCCGACCAGCGCUCGUCGCUAAGAUUGAUCCUUUCGGGGCUUCUGCGCGACCGGUAGAUCCACAAGCUCCAAGGCCAAACAUGGGUGUUGGUGGUCAAUCUUCUAAGCCCGGCAAGGCUAAACUUGCUGUCUUCUCGGAUGCUGGAUCUGAGGGCAGCGCAAUGUCGAAGGUGGGUGAGGGUGCAAAGGGAUGGGACACAAUAGGGUCAUUGGCAGAUCGCAAAAAGGAAAAUGUAGUGGGAGCAACGCCUUGGGUGGGAGAAACGUUGACGACGCAAGUGAAGAAGAGCAGUGGUCCAAAAAUGUCUGUGUUUCGGGAUCCUUCUUUAUCCAGAAUAGCAGAGUCUCAUAUUGUUAUUGCCCCAUCUAAGCACCAAGUAAUUGUGAAUUCCCAAAGCGGAAAAAGAGAACGUGUCUUUGUUAACCUCGAGGCUAUUUACCCAACCCCUGAAGAGCCUGGCACUGAGCUAAGCUUUGAGGAAUUAUGGGCUGCCAAUCAGGGUUGGCUGGAUGUGAGUUGGGAGGACGACAGCAUUGUUGACGACGGGCAACAAGAACUACACGUCGGCCAACCGACGGAAGUAGAUUUGCUUAGUCGACAAAUGGCAGAAAAACUAGUGGUGCACCAGGACAUAGUAGAACUUGACGAGAAUGGUGCGAUUAAAAACCAACCCAAACCUACCAAGACCAAAAAGAAGAAAAUGAUGGAGGUCAACGAAACACAAAUCAUUAAAGCCAAGCUGGACUCGCCAUCUGGUCCCAAGUUGAAGAAGAGAAGUAAUGCUCACUCAGAGCCUACUAUGACGAUGCAUACCAGACAAGCUACCGACGAGAUCUACGAUCUCUUUAAUGCCCCCAUCAAGACCGUAGAGGAACGCAACGAAGACACUGACGAUGAAGAUUACAUGACCGACGGUGAUUACACCAGCGGCGGAGAAAGCGUCAACACUACCAGACGUAUUUCGACGAGUGAAGCCGGCGACGAUGAGACUUCGGAUGUGAAGAGUGUGAGCGAAUGGUCUGAGUUCACUGCACAGAAGCACAUUCCAAAAAUAGAUGGUGAAGGUGAAAGUGACGAUGAAGAUGAGGACCAAGGCGAACAAAGCGAAUCUGAGUCGUCAGACCUAAUCGACACAAAGGACGACGAUGACGACGAAUAUGACCCCGACUCACCUCCUAAGACCAGAACCAGAUUCAUCCCCAUCCCCCCCGAGGAUUAUGAAGCUCCUACACGACCGUAUAGGGACCCGGCCGAAGUGGCUAACAACCGUCUUCCGUUCAUGACCCCUAUUACGGAACGUACAGAAUCUUCACUCGGCCUCAUCACUGAAGGGAAGCCCCGUUACACCAACACGAAGACUCCUACCAGAAGAGAUCAUGAUGCUUACCUAGCUGAGGAGGAUGAAGAAGACGAUGAGGACUUUGGGCCGCUGAGUAGCCCUCUGCGCGAAGUCCUCAACGAAGCUCGUUCUCCCGUAAGUAUCGGAGAGCCUCUAAUCAAGAAGCUGAAGACUGCUGCUGCUGCCACACCCCCGAGUCAACGAAAGGGAAAGGAGUUGCCUAAGGGACCAAUCAUCAAGGAGUCGCAAUGCAAUCCUGUUGACACGGCUAUUAGAGAGGAGAUCCUCGCACGUAUGCAGCCCUCUCUCAGCUCGUAUUCUGGAUUCUAUGAUCACCGUACCGAACGAUGCGACAAGGGAUCCGAGAUCCGCAAGUUCGCCAAGGCUGUAUCGAAGUCAGGAAGCAAGAGAGAGAACGAUAAGACUAGUACUCUUCACACUCCGCCUGUUCUCGAGUUCCCUGAGAUCAUGGGUGAAUAUACUCUUAAGCGAGAGCUCGGUGCCGGCGCCUUUGCUCCCGUCUACCUUGUCGAGAAUUCGGCUCCUGAAGGCGAUGAGAAUGAUGAGAACACCCCCAAGGUCGCCAUGGGUAAAGGCGCUUUCGCGACAACCCACCGUUCCGCCCUUGAGGCACUGAAGAUGGAGCAACCGCCUACGACUUGGGAGUUCCACAUGAUGCGACUCGCGGCGACUCGUCUAGGUCCGCAGCACCGCGCUACGACGUCUAUCUCAGCUGCCCAUGAACUACACCUGUACCAGGACGAAUGUUUCCUGAUUCUACCGUUCCACCCGCACGGCACACUCCUCGAUGUUGUCAACUUCUUCACCGAGACCUCCAAGGCGCCUAUGGACGAGUCGCUUGCCAUGUUCUUUAGUAUCGAACUCUUGCGCACCGUCGAAGCCUUGCACACUAAGAACAUCCUCCACGGCGAUCUUAAACCCGACAAUUGCCUCCUACGUAUCGAUGAACACGUAUCCACUCUAUCCGGCCAAUGGCACGCCGACGGCUCCGGCGGCUGGGACGGUCGAGGCGUAACAUUAAUCGACUUCGGCCGCGGAAUCGACAUGCACGCAUUCGACCCGGACGUGCAAUUCGUCGCAGACUGGAAGACAGACGCACAUGACUGCGCCGAAGUCCGCGACGGUCGUCCCUGGACGUUCCAACUCGACUACCACGGGCUCGCUGGUACUAUCCACACUCUUCUCUUCGGAAAGUACAUCGAGACUAUCCGCGCCGAUCAAGGCGGUUUAGGAACGUCGGCGAGCCGUCGGUACAAGAUUCGCGAGCCGUUGAAGCGUUACUGGCAGACCGAGAUCUGGAUUGAGUGUUUCGAUGUCCUACUUAACCCCGCUAGUCACGUAGACGCCGAGGAUGGUAGGAAGAUGCCUGUGCUUCGGGGUAUGCGACGUGUUCGCGAGCGGAUGGAGAAGUGGCUUGAGAGUAAUUGCGAGAAAGGCGUUGGAUUGAGAGGCUUGAUGGCGCGGAUUGAGGGUAUGGCGAAGGCGAGGAAGCAUUGA